CUCUGCUCCGCUCCGCUCCGCUCCACUCCGCGCCGGGAGGCUCACGGGGCCCCGGACAAGGAUGGCGGCCCCCGAGACAGGCAGCACAGGUGGGGUGAUCAGCUACGUGGGCUCCAGCGGCGCCUCUCCCACCCGGACCAGCCCCGUCUCCCUCUGCAGCGACAGCUCCAACGGCAGCUCCCAGUCGGGAUCCCAGCCCUUCCCCACGUACUUCCCCCCGUCGCCCACCGGCUCCCUCCAGGAUUCCCGCGCCUACGGCGGGGGCUCGCUGGCCCCCCAUGAGGACGGCUCCCCUUCUUCCUCCUCCUCAUCCUCCACCUCCUCCUCCUCGUCGUACGGCUCCUCGGUGAACUUCCCCGGGGUGCAGCCGGUCCCCGCGGACGAGCGGCGCCGCAGUUCACCCAGCAAAGCCGGCAGCACCGUCACCAAGCUCAACGGGAUGGUGCUGCUCUGCAAAGUGUGCGGGGACGUCGCCUCCGGCUUCCACUACGGUGUCCACGCCUGCGAGGGCUGCAAGGGCUUCUUCCGCCGCAGCAUCCAGCAGAAUAUUCAGUACAAGAAGUGCCUCAAAAAUGAGAACUGCUCUAUCGUCCGCAUCAACCGCAACCGCUGCCAGCAGUGCCGCUUCAAGAAGUGCCUGCUGGUCGGCAUGUCCCGCGACGCCGUGCGCUUCGGGCGCAUCCCCAAGCGGGAGAAGCAGCGGAUGCUGGCGGAGAUGCAGAGCGCCAUGGGCGGCAUGGCCAGCGCCCCACCUCCGAUGCCCGGCCCCGGCGAGGGUCCCACCGUGGGCGGGGGCCGCGCGCCGCCCCCCGGCCCCCCGCCGCUCGCCCCCCCCGCCUGCUUCUCCCAGUUCCCCCAGCAGCUGACGCCCCCCCGCUCGCCCAGCCCCGGGGGGGCCACCGAGGACGUCAUCGCGCAGGUGGCCAAGGCCCACAAGGAGAUCUUCAUCUACGCCCACGACAAGCUGGGACCCCCCCCCGCCUGCGACAGCGGCCUCCUGCGCUGGGACGCGCCCCCCGCCUGGGCCCCCGGCCCCCCCGAGCCCCGGCUCUGCCCCGCCGCCUACCCCGAGCCCCCGGCCCCGCGGGGGUGCCCCUGGCCCCGCGGCCCCAAGGACGUCCUGCCGGCGUGUCCCAUGAACAGCCACGUUCCCGGGCGCAGCGGGCGCUCCGUGCAGGAGAUCUGGGAGGAUUUCUCCCUCAGCUUCACCCCCGCCGUCCGCGAGGUCGUCGAGUUCGCCAAGCACAUUCCCGGCUUCCAGGCGCUGUCCCAGCAUGACCAGGUCACCCUGCUCAAGGCUGGCACCUUUGAGGUGCUGAUGGUUCGCUUCGCGUCGCUGUUCGACGUGAAGGAGCAGACGGUGACGUUCAUGAGCCGCACGCGGUACGGGCUGGAGGAGCUCUGGGCCAUGGGCAUGGGGGACCUGCUCGGGGCCAUGUUCGACUUCAGCGAGAAGCUCAGCGCCCUCGAGCUCAGCGAUGAAGAGCUGGGGCUCUUCACCGCCGUCGUCCUCGUCUCGGCAGACCGCUCGGGCAUGGAGGACACGGCGUCGGUGGAGCAGCUGCAGGAGACGCUGCUGAGGGCCCUGCGCGCCCUCGUGCUGAAGACGCGCCCGGCCGAGACCUCGCGCUUCACCAAACUGCUGCUGAAGCUGCCGGACCUGCGCACCCUCAACAACCUCCACUCCGAGAAGCUGCUCUCCUUCCGCAUCGACGCCCAGUAGUGCCCCCUGGACCCCCCUGCAGCCCCCCCCCGCGCACCCCUGUACAUACACCACAGCGGGGGGGGACACACAGACCAACCCCUGGGGCAGCACCGACCCCAUGGACUCACAGGGAUUCACCCUUAAGGUGGGCGCCGGGACGCUGGGACCCCCCCGCCCCCCCCCCAAAUCGGGUGCCAGCCCCACGGCUCCGCUGGCAGCGCCGGGGGGUCCCCUCGCCCUGAUCCCCCCCAGCUCCAGCGGCCGAGGGUGGGACGCAGUGGCCGGAUCCAGCCGUGCUGGGUGGGGCGGGUUUGGGGCGUGGUGUGUGGGGGGGGGUUUGGUUGGUUGGUUUUU